AUGAUGGAGGUUGCUUCUGCCGUCCGCAUUCCCUCGCCGGAGCCUGAACCGGAGCUUCCAGAGCCACCUCGUAAGCGCGACCGCUCACCACACGAAGCCGGCCCUUCGAAACGCUCGCGACGAUUGGACCGGGAUGAAGAAGAUAUCGACCACUCCCGGGACCACGACCGAGCACGCGACAACGACCGCCGCAGAGACCGCGAAAACGGGCACAGGCGGGACGAGAAUGGAGACGGUUCACAUGAAAACGCCGCUCAGAAUGUGCAGGAGGACGACUCGCGGCUCAAGCUCUUCCAGAGUGCCUUCAGCUCAAGCAGGAAGCUCCCCAUCGACGAUUCGAAGACGCGAGCUGGUGGCGCAUAUAUCCCGCCUGCGCGUCUGCGCGCGAUGCAGGCUGCCAUCACGGACAAGAGCACUCCUGAAUUUCAGCGCAUGGCUUGGGAAGCGCUCAAGAAGUCUAUCCAGGGUAUGAUCAACAAGUGCAACGUCGCGAACAUCAAGCAGAUUGUGCCAGAGCUGUUCUCCGAGAACUUGAUUCGUGGACGCGGACUGUUUUGCAGGGCGAUAAUGAAGGCACAGGCUGCGAGCUUGCCCUUCACAAACAUAUACGCGGCUAUGGUGGCCAUCGUCAACACGAAAUUGCCGCAAGUGGGAGACUUGUUGGUGCGCAGACUGAUCAUACAAUUCCGCAAGUCGUUCAGGAGGAACGACAAGGCGGUUGCGGUGUCUAGUUCUAUGUUCCUGGCGCAUUUGGUGAAUACGCAAGUCGUCAAUGAGAUUCUGAUUGCCGAGAUUCUUCUGCUGCUGCUUAACAAGCCGACAGACGACAGCGUCGAAAUUGCAGUGGCAGUCACUAAAGAGGUGGGCCAGUUUCUGGAGGAGAUGAACGCCGCGAUCUCAAACGCCAUAUUCGACCUGUUUCGGAACAUUCUUCAUGAGGCGGACAUCGACAAGCGGACGCAAUACAUGAUUGAGGUUCUCUUCCAGGUCCGAAAGGACAAGUACAAGGAGAACCCUGCGGUUAAGGAAGAGCUGGAUUUGGUGGAAGAGGAAGACCAGCAUACGCAUCAGCACCACCUGGAAGAUGAAAUAAAGGUCGAGGAUGGGUUGAAUAUCUUCAAAAUCGACCCAGAGUACGAGGAACACGAAGAGCAGUACAAGAAACUAAAGGCCGAAAUCCUAGGUGAAGAAGAGGGAAGCGAUGCCGAAUGCACAGAUGAAUCUGAUGACGACGAGGAAGAUGAGGUACAAAAGGCCGAAGAUGUCAAAGAUCAAACGAAUGCAGACCUGGUCGCUCUCCGCCGAACGAUUUACCUCACUAUCAAGAGCAGCGGUGGCUUCGAAGAAUGUUGCCACAAGCUCAUGCGUAUCAAUCUGCCCCACGGCCUAGAAAACGAACUCACGACUAUGAUUGUCGAGUGCGCAAGCCAGGAACGCACCUACGAGAAGUUCUACGGCCAGAUAGGCGAGCGUUUCUGCAAAAUCAAUCGUAUGUGGACCGACCUAUUUGAGGACGGCUUUGUGCACUACUACGAGACUAUCCACCGCUUCGAGACGAAUCGCCUACGCAUUAUCGCUCAGUUCUUUGCACACCUGCUCUCUACUGAAGCUAUUGGGCUCCACGUCCUUAUGGCAGUCAAGCUUAACGAGGAAGAUACCACGUCCAGCUCUCGUAUCUUCAUCAAGAUCCUUUUCGAGGAACUCAUGGCCAGUAUGGGACAAAAGUCGUUAGUAGAGCGAUUAAGGGACCCCAUGCUCCAGGACAGCCUCACGGGUAUCUUCCCUACGGACGACCAGGCCAAGACGCGCUUCGCCAUCAAUUUCUUCACGGCUAUCGGUAUGGGCAUUCUGACCGAGUCAAUGAGAGAUUAUCUGAAGAACAACGCACCCAAGCCUCAAGCACUACCCGAACCAGAGUCAGACUCCGAAAACGCCCGCAAGGAGAAGAAACAGGUCCAUCUCAAGCGAUCGCUCAUACAGCCGAAGCAGGUCUCCCGCACCAAAGAAAGUCCGCGGUCGCACCCGUAG